AUGAUGGGUCAUCGUCCGGUGCUCGUCCUUAGCCAGAACACAAAGCGUGAAUCUGGAAGAAAAGUUCAAUCUGGAAACAUCAAUGCUGCCAAGACUAUCGCAGAUAUCAUCCGAACAUGUUUGGGACCCAAGUCUAUGAUGAAGAUGCUUUUGGACCCCAUGGGAGGCAUUGUGAUGACCAAUGAUGGCAAUGCCAUUCUUCGAGAGAUUCAAGUCCAGCAUCCAGCGGCUAAGUCCAUGAUUGAAAUUAGCCGGACACAGGAUGAAGAGGUUGGAGAUGGGACCACAUCAGUAAUUAUUCUUGCUGGGGAGAUGCUGGCUGUGGCCGAGCACUUCCUGGAGCAGCAGAUGCACCCGACAGUGGUGAUCAGUGCUUACCGCCGGGCACUGGACGACAUGAUCGGCACCCUUAAGAAGAUAAGUAUCCCUGUUGACACCAGUAACCGAGAUACGAUGCUGAACAUCAUUAACAGCUCCAUUACUACCAAAGUAAUCAGUCGGUGGUCGUCUUUGGCUUGCAACAUUGCCCUGGAUGCUGUCAAAACUGUACAGUUUGAGGAGAAUGGCCGGAAAGAGAUUGACAUCAAGAAAUAUGCAAGGGUAGAAAAGAUACCUGGGGGCAUCAUUGAAGACUCGUGUGUUUUACGUGGAGUCAUGAUUAACAAGGAUGUGACCCACCCACGAAUGCGACGCUAUAUCAAGAACCCUCGCAUUGUGUUGCUGGAUUCUUCUCUGGAAUAUAAGAAAGGAGAGAGCCAGACUGACAUUGAGAUCACACGAGAGGAAGACUUCACCCGAAUUCUCCAAAUGGAAGAAGAGUACAUUCAGCAGCUUUGUGAGGACAUUAUCCAGCUGAAGCCAGAUGUGGUCAUCACAGAGAAGGGCAUCUCCGAUUUAGCUCAGCACUACCUCAUGCGAGCAAAUAUCACAGCCAUCCGCAGAGUCCGGAAGACAGAUAAUAAUCGCAUUGCUAGAGCCUGUGGGGCCCGAAUAGUCAGCCGGCCAGAGGAACUGAGAGAAGAGGAUGUUGGAACAGGGGCAGGCCUGUUGGAAAUCAAGAAAAUUGGAGAUGAGUACUUUACAUUCAUCACUGAAUGCAAAGACCCCAAGGCCUGCACAAUUCUUCUCCGUGGGGCCAGCAAAGAGAUUCUCUCGGAAGUAGAACGCAACCUCCAGGAUGCCAUGCAAGUGUGCCGCAAUGUUCUUCUGGACCCUCAGCUGGUGCCAGGGGGUGGGGCUUCUGAGAUGGCUGUGGCUCAUGCCUUGACAGAAAAAUCCAAAGCCAUGACUGGUGUGGAACAGUGGCCAUAUCGGGCUGUUGCUCAAGCCCUGGAGGUCAUCCCUCGCACCCUUAUCCAGAACUGUGGAGCCAGCACCAUCCGUCUACUUACCUCCCUUCGGGCCAAGCAUACCCAGGAGAACUGUGAAACUUGGGGUGUAAAUGGUGAGACAGGCACUUUGGUGGACAUGAAAGAACUGGGCAUCUGGGAACCAUUGGCUGUCAAGCUGCAAACGUAUAAGACAGCAGUAGAGACGGCAGUUCUGCUGCUGCGGAUUGAUGACAUCGUCUCAGGCCACAAAAAGAAGGGUGACGACCAGAGCCGGCAGGGUGGAGCUCCUGAUGCUAGCCAGGAGUGA